AUGGCGCCGCUCUUGCUGCAGCUGGCGGUGGUCGGCACGGCGCUGGCAGCCGCUGUGCUGAUGCUGGUAUCUUAUCUCAAGAUAAAGAUUUCCUUUAUUGCAUUUAUAACUGCUACAAAAAUGCCACACCUUCAUCUACAUGAAGAAGAGAAGUUCUUAUUAAAUGCCAGAGCCCAGAAGGAAACUUUACCCAGCAUCUGGGACUCACCUACCAAACAACUCUCUGUUGUUGUGCCUUCAUACAAUGAAGAAAAACGGUUGCCUGUGAUGAUGGAUGAAGCUCUGGGCUACCUAGAGAAGAGACAGAAACAGGAUCCUUUGUUCACUUACGAGAUGAUAGUAGUUGAUGAUGGCAGCAAGGACCAGACUUCAAAGGUAGCUUUUAAAUAUUCCCGGAAAUAUAGAAGUGACAAAGUACGAGUAAUAACGCUGGUGAAGAAUCGUGGAAAAGGCGGAGCUAUUAGGAUGGGUGUAUUCAGUUCUCGAGGAGAAAAAAUCCUUAUGGCAGACGCUGAUGGAGCCACAAAGUUUCCAGAUAUUGAGAAAUUAGAAAAAGGACUGAACGACCUACAGCCUUGGCCUAAUCAACUGAGAAGCACCUUGGGCAGCCUCAGAGAAUACACCACCCAGCUAUCUUCCAUCACCCGAGAAAUUCAGCAGAAGUGGGGAGAGUGGCUCCAGGCUGAGCUGGGGGCACAGUUCCGUGGUCACGUGGCCCCUUCCUGAGGAGAGCCUCCUGUACAGGGCACUCGGCAACGUCCCACAGCACCAGGAGUCCAGGAAGCUCAGCAAAGCCACACGGCCUCACAGGGCCCACCCUGCUCAGGUCGUGGAAGUCUCGUUCAGAGGGGAAGGAGGUGGGUCUCGGAGAGUUCACCUGCACCAUGGGAGAGCUGCCCACACUAACUGAGCAUGACAAAACAAAAAGAAAUAAAUGGCAGCUCCACCAAGAUUAUUGAAAAAAAAAAAAAAAAUCAUACAUAGUGAGCUAAACCCUGUCUGAAAGAUGAUGUAAUCCAAGGAAAAGGAAAAAUUGCAUGUCUUUUGGCUAAGGAGUUAA